UUAUUCUGUUAGUAACCAAACACAGUGAUGUGUUGACGUCAAAGACAACAUACAUCUGUUCAACAAAAGUCAGUUAUUUUAAGCCAGUGCCCACAAGCAUGGCGGGUGAUUCUUUUGGGUGCCGUGGUAAAGAAAAGACGUGUUUGUGCCCACCCCAAGUGGUGCCAUCAUGUGGCAGGAGGCUCGGAGACAUGAGCGCAAGCUCCGCGGGAUGAUGGUCGACUACAAGCGGCGUGGAGAACGAAGACGGGAAUAUUAUGAGAAGAUUAAAAAAGACCCAGCCCAGUUUUUGCAAGUGCAUGGGAGGGCCUACAAGAUCCAUUUGGACUCAGCUGUUGCUUUGGCAGCUGAGAGUCCAAUCAAUAUGAUGCCAUGGCAAGGUGAUGUCAACAAUAUGAUUGACAGAUUUGAUGUGCGGGCCCAUUUGGACUACAUCCCUACUUACACACCUCCUCUUCUAAACACAGUCACCCUGGAGCAGGAGUCUGAAGAAAGAAAGUGUAACUAUGAGCGCUACAGAGGACUGGUGCAGAACGAUUUUGCCAACAUCUCUGAGGAGCAGUGUUUGUAUCAGAUCUAUGUGGAUGAGUUGUAUGGUGGCCUGCAAAGACCAAAUGAAGAUGAGAAGAAAAAGCUCGCAGAGAAGAAAGCUUCAAUUGGCUACACUUAUGAGGAUAGCACAGUCACAGAGCCCGAUCCUCUGUCAGACAAAGGAGAAGAGGAAGACUCUGAAGAGGAAGACUCUGAGGGGGAUGAAGGCAUUCCCGACAUCGAUGUUGAAGUGGACGUGGAUGAGCUCAACCAAGAGCAGGUGAUGGACCUGAACAAAAUGGCCACACCUUAUGGAAUGGCAGAGGGAGACUUUGUGAGGAUGCUUCGGAAGGACAAGGAAGAGGUGGAAGCCAUCAAACAUGCUAAGGCUCUGGAGGCAGAGAAGGCCAUGUACUCUGGCCGCCGCUCUCGCAGACAGAGACGAGAGUUCAGGGAGAAGAGGCUGAAAGGCAGACAGAUCAGCCCACCCAGCUAUGCAAGGAGAGACAGCCCAACCUACGAUCCCUACAAACGGCCCCAGUCGGAGUCCAGCUCUGAGUCCCGGUCCCGCUCGAGGACCCCCGGCAAGGAGAAGAUCACCUUCAUCACCAGCUUCGGAGGCAGCGAUGAGGAGGGCGGCCCCCCUGCCCAGGCUGCGGCCGGCGGCCACUUGGCCAACACCUCCAGCAAUAAGCAAGAGCAGCACCCCGCAGGUCAUAGCAGGGGCUUCCGCCGACGUCACUCGUCCUCCAGCCCAUCCUCCUCCUCACCGUCUUCAUCACGGCACUCAUCGCGCUCCUCCUCCCACUCACGCCGCAGCGGGUGGCGAGGAAGCCGGGAUAGCCGCUACUCCCGGUCCCGCUCACGCCAGUGCUCCGACUCCCACUCCCAGCAGCGCGGUGGAGGUGGUAGCAGCGGCGGCAGCAGCCACAGAAGACGCUAUGACCGUGGACACUCGCGCUCCCGCUCCAGAGAUAGGGACAGGGACAGGGGCCGACGAUACACUUCUCACAGACGCACUAGGUCACGUUCCGUAUCUCGCUCGGCUGACCGUUUUCGGAGAGGCGGUCGGACGUCUGGCCACCAUCGUGGUGAGAGUCGCAGUCCGAGCCCCUCUCAGUCCCCUGUCCGGAGCCUGUCCCCGUCCCCCAGUCCCCGCUCAGCCCCACCCUCCACCAGCUCCCUCUCUGACAAGCUGAGAAAGGCUGAUACUCCAGGUGGUAAAGAGACGGGAGCUGCCAAAGUCAGUAAGAAUUUGAUCUCGCUGGGUUUCUUGCUAAAGUCAACGCCUCCCUCAUCCCUGACAGGCAGAUGUGGUUGUAAAACCAGGCCUUUGGAGCCUCGCUCGCUUUCUCUCCCUGUCCCUCUCUCAGAGGCUCUGCUGUGCAAUGUCAAAUUUUCUCCAUUAAGAAUUGCUUUAAUCAUCCCCCAGGCGACCAUUAUGCCUCUCCCUUCCAGAGCUCACAUCCUGAGGACUUCAUUUUCUAGAAGAGUCUAUGAGCCUGUGUUUUUGUUUGUGCUAAUGGUGCAUAAUCUUGUUUGUGCAAUUUUUGUUGGUUUUCUUCUCCAUUCUUAUACAGUAUUUUCUCUUCCUGUCCCAUGUUUUCAGAGAAAUGACUACUGUCUAACAACAAAACAUUAAGCUUGAUUAAGAUUAGGAUCUUAUGGUGUACUGAAAAGCUAUGUGCUGUUACCAUGUUUUACGUCAACACGUUUGAGUGCAUGAGACAUUUUGUUGGAAGCAUUCUGACUAAAAUCAGCCAGACAUUCUGAGCAUCACCCAAACAUAUAUCGGACUUUGGUUGCAUAAAUGGACAGUGCUUACAGCGCUAUUUAAGUAUUGACAUUUACCAGCUGACCAAAUGUCUUUAAACCUGACAUUUAGCUAUGUUCUAGCCACAGGAAUAUUAUGUAAUGGUAAGUCAAAAUGCCCUGGGAUGGAUAGAAUGUCUCUGAAAUUUCUAGCAAAAUAUUAAAGCUGAAGUACCUGCUCAGAUAAAUUGAAGGAGAAACUUGCUGUUUUGACACCGUGUUGUCAGUAGUGCGUGUUUGAGUGAUUGUUACACAUUAGGCAUGGUCAUGUGGUCAAGUUUAAAGAGCUUUAGAUCUGUGCUGUUCACACUUCUGCAAACGCACCUAUGCUUAUACAAAAUAUGAGGCUUUCAAUUACCUCACAUGCCUUUGACAAACUUGGCCUUGUAGGCCUAUCUCCAGAAUCAAUUUAGUCUUAUAGCACCAGUUCCAUAAACAUUCAUCCCUCUUAUCUCUAGUCGCUUAUUUUGAUGCCGGUGUAUUUCUU